UUAGCGUGGGUGUAUGUGAUGGCCAAGAGAUGAAACAAGAGCUCCAUCGUGGCUGCUCGCUCUUGUACUUAAUUAUAAUAUAAUUAUCCCUCUUAUGUUCGCGUGUGCAGCUACAUGUAGGUAUAUCUGGGUGUGAAAGAAUGUGAUACUCAUAUACGUAAGUUGAGUGAAAGAAUAUAGAGAAGAAGACGCGGAGAUUAUGCAAAGGACCGCCGCGACGAAAAGAAGAAGAAAGAAGACGAGUUCCUGCAGGGACCAAGGGAAUAAUCACUUCGCGGGCAGAGAUGAUCAGGCGAAACAGAACGAGGCAUAAAGCUACGUUCAUCGGUCUCAUGUUGGCCAUCACUGUUGUGUACAAUGAGUUUCUCGCCUACGAGAUUCAAGCUUUCAAAUGGACCACGAAAAAGUGCCACCAGUGCGUCACGGUCCUCCUCGUGGCCGAUCCGCAGAUUCUUGGCUAUCAGAACGAGAACUACAGGGGCUCCUCCUGGGCUCUGUGGGACAGUGACAGGUAUCUCCAAAAGACUUUUUCGAGAGCCGUAGCUCGUACCCAACCAGAUGUCAUUGCGUUUCUCGGGGACCUGAUGGACGAAGGGCACAUCGCCUCUGCCGAGGACUUUGAAAAGUACAAGAGAAGGUUUGCCAGGAUCUUCGACACACCGGACCACGUUAUGAAAAUUUAUCUGCCCGGAGACAAUGAUAUCGGAGGAGAAGAGGACCUGGUGUCAAACUACAUCCACGGAAGAUUCAACUUUGCCUACACCCAGUCGGAUACGCUGGUUUACAAUUCGGCAACGUUUUUCAAGGUCAAUAGGUUGACGCAGACUAUUCCCAGUGCACCGAAAGACGCGUUUCUCAACGACUACACCGAAAGGAACACCACGAACGUCGUGCUCAGCCACAUGCCGUUGCUCUUCACUCCGGGAACAUUCGUGCAAAACGUGCUCAAGGAACUGUCUCCGCAGAUUAUUUUCACUGCCCACGACCAUAAGGCCAUGCACAUGAGCUUGGACACGGCGACCGACCAGCUGAGCGAAGUAUGGGUGCUUUCUCCCCACAAGACCCAAAUGUACCAGUUGAGGCUCGACAUGGGUGAUAUACACGAAUUACAAAUACCGACGUGCUCUUACAGAAUGGGAACUCCCAACAUGGGCUUCGGAUUAGCGUACAUAGAUACGCAAGAGAAAACCCUCGAUUUCACGGUACUCUGGUCACCAGAUAGGUUCUAUCAACUCUGGAUUUACAUUUACGUUAUAGGCGUCGUGGCGCUUAUCACGACUCUCUUUCUUAUUUGUUGUCUCUGCAGUACGUGCACGAGCAACCAUCAUGUGGCAUACAGUCGUGUACCCAUUUGAUUAUUUUUCUUGUACAAUUAAUAAUUCGAGAGAGUUUAGACUUGACCCCUCCCCCUGCCUACCCCCUUAAAAAAUCUCAUGUAGAUGUGUAAAAACUUGCCAACUUACUGUUAAACAAAGGAAUAUGUAUAUGUAUACUUGGACGCGUUUUGUAGGUACUUAUAGUUUUAGUACUUUUAGCCAGUUACCAUGUUGAUUUACUUCGAUUUAUUUAUUUUAUUUAUUCAUUUACGUAGAUCUCCGUCCAUCUUGGAUACUAUUUAUUUAUUAGAGAUUAUGUUAACUUUUACAAUUUAUCAGCUUUAUGAAUCCUUAAUACAAAGUUAAAUAUUUAAAAAAUCGUUAUUCAAAGAAACGUUUUUUAAUAUUUAUAUAUCAAAGACUUGAAAAGUUUGUUACUUAAUAUUUACAACCGAAACAAUUUUUACUUAAACAGUGAUAUUCAUUUUUUAAUAAUAUAUCCAUCAUAUCUUCCACAUACAAUGAAUGAAACGUGUAAGAAGCUUGAUUAUUUGCAACUCUUGUACAACACCAUGUACUUAUACUGACAACGUAUUUUACUGAUGUAAAGAGCGCAUUAUAAGUGCACAUACUCGUGUGCGCGCACACAGCAUAUCGGAUUUUUCAUUUUUGAGAAAAUGUUUGAUAUACUAGCAAUGAACAAAAUCAAAAUCACUUCCAACAUAAAAAUAAUAAUAAAAAGUCUAGGCCUACGAAAAUUUUUGUAUACUUAUAGUUUAACCAUGUUGCGAUAUAAAGUCUAUCGAAAUGUUCAAUUUACAAUAUGAAUGUAAUCAUAAUUUUGUAAU